AUGAGCAUGAGGAAGCCGAGAACAGUGGGUACGGCAAAUGCGAUACAGUGGCCAACGAUUGGCUCGUACCCAUCAGGGGCCGGUGGUGGUGCCGCCGCAGGAACUGGUGGAGAUGACAGCGCCACCACCACCGGCGGAAAUGGUGGAGGUGACGGCGGAUUAUUAUUCUCAGUGGGUGGAAUGGCAGGGAGGCUUGCCAUUGGGGUUGACUAUAGUAUGGAGUGCUUUCUUCUGUUUUGCGGGGGUCCUUGGGAGGGAAGAUCGGCAGUUUAUACGGGGCCAAAUUGUAGAGAAAAUAUUGGCUUCGGAGAGGGGUUUUCAGUCGCGGGUUCUUUCUUUGCGCCUCUGUCUCUACCCUCGCUCUCUCUCCCCGACGAACUCCCUCUCCCUCUGCCCUCUCCUUUUCUGACCGCCGAAGCACCGCGAGCAACCGACGAACCAGGAGGACCGACCGGCGAGACGACCGCGAGCAACCGACCGGCAUGCGACCUCCCUCUCUCUGCCCUCUCUCUUUCCGACCGACCGGCGUGCGACCUCCCCCUCUCUCUCUGCCUUCCGGCGUGCGACCACCCUCUUUCCGACCGACCGGCGUACGACCUUCCUCUCUCUCUGCCCUCCCUCUUUCCGACCGGCGAACCACCGCGCCGCACCUCUGGCUCCGGUUCCGGCCCCAACUCGUCCGUCCUUACUCUUUCUCUCUACUCGCGUCUCUGUCUGCCCUCCCUCUCUUCGACAGCGAACCACCGCGUGACCAGCGAACCACCGCGCCCCCUCUGGCUCCAGAUCCGGCACCGGCUUGUCCAGGAUGUGGCAGUGAAGGUAUUCUCGAUGCAAGAAUAUUCAAAAGAAUUGAUAAAUUCCCUUAGACAAGAGCAACUGGGAUUUUUUCCCCAAAGCAUGGAUAUAGUUUAUUGGCGUCGGCUCUAUUAGUGAUGGCAUUGGCAAUUUUAAUUCAAGUGUUGUUCCACUAAUAC